AUGGUGAUCAUCAUCCAAAUAGCUUUUGGCCGUCUUACGAUGCCCGCCAGAGAACGAGAGAAACCCGACGACUGCGUCCACAGAGGAGCCCAGUUGGCUGUGCGUGACUGGCAACACGGACGACAAAAGACCAGGGACCACCUGUCAGCCCACGGAUCCUCCUAUCAUUGA